AUGGUUUCCCCCCCAGGAUGUGAUGCUGACGUCGCAAAGGCUGCCCAGCAACCACCGGAACCCUCAGCAAAGAACACACAGUCAAUUGCGUCUACCCCGGCGCCAAGUUCAAAGCGUCGAGUGCCCGACUCCUCGCGCUCGCCUUCUCCGGCAGCCAAACGACGCGAAGGUCGCCCUGCGUAUCGGCCGGAAGAGGAUGACUUCAUCCGCUUCUGCCGCGACGACCUGUGCCAGUCGUGGGAGUGCUCGACCAAGCUAUUCAAUCAAACGUGGCAUUGGGAUGGAACCACACGACCACGCAAGAUUCCCGGCCUGCAAUCCCGGUACUAUCGUCUCCUGGAGGAAUCCGUUAGGGACCGGAAGAAGGCAACCUGUGGGCGGCCCGAACUCGGAAUCCUGGAGAAAACGAACAGACGCUAUUGGUGGAUGACGGGAGCCUUCACAGAGGAGGAGCGUGCCGAGUUCGAGAAGUGGCGGGCUUCGAAGGCUGAGCAUGGAUCGGAGCCCGAGCUGCGGAUGGACACGAGUGGUAGCUACAGUAGCGAGGGUAGAGAAGACGAACAAGAAGAGGAGGAGGAGGAUGAGACGAGCCCGCUACAGAGCGACGAGGAAGAUCACUUGAUGCAGGAGUCCAAUAGCCCCAUGCCACCGAGCAAUCAACAGUCCGAGACAGGAGACCAGGACGACGAUGAUUUUCAUCCGCAUCUCAUGGUUCCAAUCGCCGUAUCGUCAGCAACGACCGAUGAAGAAGAUCAGCAUGACCUUUCGAACGCUGUUGCCAUCGCCAAGGCGCUCAAGAUGCGCCGCCAGAUCCCAUACGGACGAAUCGAACUAAGCCCCGAGAGUGCCGACUUGAUGUCAUCCCUUCGGGCGCCAUGCAAAGCGGGAUCCACUCGUGUCGCUCGUAGGAUCAAGUCUCGCAAGAGACACCGCAAGGGCUCUACCGACGAGCAAUCCCAAGGGUCUGAAGGGUGGGGAGACCGCACUCAAAUGACCGAUGAGGGGAUCGAGUUUCUGAUGCCCAGCAGGGAGAGUAAUAGCUAGUCAGACAACGAGUUUCACUGGAAAACCCCCCGGAUGUGCUUGGGCACUCGAGAUGCGAAACAUACUCCGAGAGGCGCGCACGAGGACAACCGGGCCUGUUUGUUUCUUUUUUUUCUUUCUUUUGCGGGUUGGGAUCUUUGACGUUCAUGUCUAUUUCCUAGAUCUUUUGCGUGUAUAACGGCUUCUGGACUUGGCUAUUGCUCUCUUAUUUAUUUUUCUUUUUUCUACAUGUUUCUUUGUGUUUCGACUUGUUAAACUUGGCUGGGGUUGGGACAGGUUCUUUGUGGGGAUACCUUUUACUACAGAGCUGGAGUUAUGGGACGGGUCUUGUUUUGCUCGAUUGUUUGAUUUUUCUUUUCUCAACUGUCGAU